AUGGAAAACAGCUCCUUAGAGCAAAAUAUCGAGACGGUUAUUUUUUCGCUUCUCGAAAUAAAGAAGAAAAUAAAAGAAACACCAAAAGAAUCACCAUGUCACGAUUGCGAAAAACUAAAAGAAAAAU